UAAGAUUUUGUUUUUGUCUGGGUCUCCUAGCAACCCUUAACACCAAUUGAUAUAUUCAAAUAAACACCUAAAUUUAAAUACAAAUUAAUUUCAAAGUUUUAAAAAUUUUAAAUUAUGAGAGCUGUUAAUGUAGUAAGAAGCAUUUUAAGACGUGUUGAGAUUUCAUCUUUCUCAACAAGACACCAAACUAGAAACAAAGGUUUGGUAGUUGGUGCCUAUGAAAAUCCAGAUGGGGAGGAAUGUACGGAGCUUAGUCCUUUGGGACAGAAGAUUGAUGACCAAUCUGGAGGUAAGAUCAGAAAUGCCUUGAAUGGAUUGCCUGCAGGUAUUGGUAAACUGGGAAGAGUUGUAACUCUGACAGAUCUUACCUCAGAGUUCCCUCAGAUAGCUGUGGCUGGUCUUGGGCCUAAAGAUGCAGACUUCAACCAAGUGGAGUACCUAGAUGAGGGUAAGGAGUUUGUGAGGAUCGCUACAGGUCUAGGAGCACGGGAACUCCAGAAGAUGGGAGUGACUGACAUUGGUGUUGAAGGAUUCAACAAAGCAGACGCUGCAGCUGAAGGAGCUACUCUAGGAGUUUGGUACUACACAAAUAAAGAAGUUGAGACAAAAGUCUCACUACAAGAAGGCGGUGACGGAGAAGAUUGGGAGAGAGGUGUAACCAAAGCAGACGCUCAAAACCUCGUCCGUUGUCUGUGUGAAACUCCACCCAACUACCUGACUCCUAGAAUAUUUACAAUCAGAGCUAGAGAUCUGCUAUGUCCUUACGGAGUUCAGGUACAUGCUCGAGACAUUCGUUGGAUGAAGAUUCAUCAUUUCACCUCAUUGCUCCAACUAGGUGCUUCAUCAGUCGAGCCUCCAAUGUUCCUUGAGUUGAACUACUGCAGUGAUCCCAUACCAACUACCAAGCCUUACAUGUUCUUCGCCAACGGUACAACAUUCAACAGUGGUGGUCUGUGUGUGCGAAAGUGUCGUGACAUGAUGCGAGCUGACAUUGCAGCUGCAGCUGUCAUCUUGGGAGUCUUCAAGGCCGUAGCUAGUAUGAGGCUGCCUAUCAACAUGAGAGCUUUCAUCCCGCUGUAUGAGAACAUGCUGAGUGGUACUGCUAUGAAGUCCGGGGACGCUCUACGUGUCAAGGACUCUAUUCUGAGAACAGAGAACACACAGAACCACUCCCAGAUCUUGAUGGCCGAGGCGAUGACUUGGGCUAUUCCUUACUACCCACCGGAGCUUGUAUUUGCUCUUGGAACUCUGUCAAGAAACAUCCAAGACACUGUCGGCUUCACAUCUUCAGUCUGGGCCAGGAAUGAUUACGUCUGGGACCACGUCAACUACGCUGGAGCAGUCACAGGUGAUCGCAUGUGGCGGUACCCACUCUUCCUCGACUACGCCAAUAAAAUCAGAGAAAGAACUGAUGUUGACGUGAACAACCUCGGCAUAGGAAGAAGAGGAGAACCGAACUUGAUUGCAGCGUUCUUAAACUACUUUGUGGAACCCUCAAUCGACUUCACGUACAUCGAUGUGACGGGAGCGAGUGAUAUAGCCAAUGGAUACGUUCCCUACCUGGCUGCUGACCUGUAUACAGGGUCUCCUACUAGGGGCAUCAUACAGCUGCUCUGCCACCUAAACUACUGCAAGGAGCAAGUGAGAGCUGCUGCCAAGAAGGAGUACAAGAGUGAGGUGGAAAAUUAAUAGCUUCUCAUUAUUUCUAAAUUAUUUCAGUUGCCUGUCUUUUCCAAAGUAAUUUAUAAAUUCAAGCCUUUUGAAA